UCCACAUUUCCGCGCGGCCGCCGUAACCCCGGAAGCGGAGCGUGCCAGGCACCCGCCAAGAUGGCCGCGAAAUCUGACGGCGUCGGGGUUACCGGUUUCGCCCAGCUACACAACCUGGACGAGACGGUGACCGAAGGGGGCGACGAGCAGCAGCAGCUGAACGGGGGCCCGGAGGCGAGUAGUUCUUUCCACAUCUGCCACUGCUGCAACACCUCCUCUUGUUACUGGGGCUGCCGGAGUGCCUGCCUAAGGAGUCGCUGUGCAGCCUGAAGGGGGGGCGACCAUCCGGUGCUCGACUGCCUUUGGAUCGUGAUCGCGCUGCUCAUCUUCUUCUCGGACGUGGGGACCGACCUCUGGCUGGCGGCCGACUACUACCUGAAGCAGGACUACUGGUGGUUCGGCUUGACGCUCUUCUUCGUGUUGGUGCCGUCCGUGCUGGUGCAAAUUCUCAGCUUCAGGUGGUUCAUGCAGGAUUACGCCGGCGGGGGUCUCGGGGGUGUGGAGGGUCUCAGCAGCAGGCGGCCCGGCUACAACCGCUGCUGCAGGACCUCGGUAUGGAUCUGGCAGUCGGUCAUUCACAUCUUGCAGCUGGGACAAGUGUGGAGGUAUAUCCGUACAAUGUAUUUGGGCAUUCAGAGCAGGAGAAAGAAUGAACACCAGCGCCGAUUUUACUGGGCCAUGAUGUAUGAGUAUGCAGAUGUGAAUAUGUUGCGCCUUCUAGAGACUUUUCUGGAGAGUGCACCACAACUGGUGCUACAACUCUGCAUAAUGAUCCAGAAAAACCAGGCAGAAACUUUACCAUGCUUAUCGUCUAUGGCCUCCCUGAUGUCCCUUGCGUGGGUGCUAGCCUCAUAUCACAAAUUGCUGCGAGACUCCAGGGAUGACAAAAAAAGCAUGAGCUACAGAGGUGCCCUAAUCCACAUCUUUUGGCGUUUGUUCACCAUAUCAUCCAGAGUCAUUUCGUUUGCAUUAUUUGCAUCUAUUUUUCAGUUAUAUUUUGGAAUAUUUGUGGUUGUGCACUGGUGUGCCAUGGCAUUUUGGAUUAUUCACGGCGGAACAGAUUUCUGCAUGUCCAAGUGGGAGGAAAUUCUGUUCAAUAUGGUGAUAGGGAUCGUGUACAUAUUCUGCUGGUUUAAUGUCAAAGAAGGACGGACACGAUAUCGAAUGUUUGCCUAUUAUGCUGUAAUCUUGACAGAAAAUGCUGCCUUGACUUUUCUUUGGUAUCUUUACAGAGAUCCCACAGCCACUGACUUUUAUGCCAUGACAGCACUGUGUACAGUUUUUAUUAGUUUUGUUGCUGGGGCAGCAUUCAUGUUUCUGUAUUAUGGUUUACUUCAUCCCAUGGGACCAAGGACAAAGAUCCUUGCCAGUUCUUGCUGUGCUGAACUGCUCUGGGGGAUCCCUCUGCCUCCAGAGCUCGAGGCCAUGGCAGCCACGCCAGCAGCACACAGAGGAUCCCAGACUACACCAACCAGGGUGGCAGGUGAUCAGGAGGAUGAGGAUGCAGCAGAGUCCUGCCUGCCUGUAUUCCAAGUGCGACCCACAGUGCCACUUACACCAUCUGGCCGACCCUACCUACCGGAGGGACCAAUCAUCAAGAUCGACAUGCCAAGGAAACGAUACCCUGCCUGGGAUGCCCACUUUGUCGACAGAAGGCUGAGGAGAACUGUUAAUAUAUUGCAGUAUGUAACUCCCUCAUCUGUUGGUAUAAGGUAUAGAGAUGGACCACUUGUAUAUGAGCUGCUACAGUAUGAAUCUUCACUUUAAAGCUUCACCCAUUGAUACUGACAAAGAAGUAAUUAUGUUUACGUCGGGCACUCAGACACUCUCAUACAACUCAAAACACAAAACUCACAGAUAUGUUUUUGUUUUCCUGGUAGCUGUCUGUAUAUAAAGAUAUUCUAUAUGUUUUGUAUGUAACAAAAAAGUGAAAAAAAAAUCUUUUUACACAACAAAAUACAGUAUUAAUACUGUAUAUUUAAUGGUGGAAAAUUUCAUCAAGAAUUUCCAAUUGUUAUUAAAAAGGAAUCACAAAUACAGGUGCAUAUUCAUUCACAUGCAGAUGCAGAUAUCACAGACAAAGUACACAUACAUGCACUCGGUUUAUCUGUAUGCAGAGCAUUAAAGGACUGAUGAUGAGUGGGACUGAAAAAGCAAAUCAUACAACAUCAAUUAACAAGAAAACUUAAAAACUGGUGCAAUUUUAAAUCCCUUUCAGGGUUUUUGUGAGCAUGUGGGGUUUUUUCAGUUCCACAAUCCCAUCCUUGGCAAAAAAAAAUUGUUUCUACGUGUAUACUGUGUGUUUCUUUGUCUACGUGGGCUUUUUAUUCAAGUAAUAACUACCUGUUAUUACUGUUCAAGGUGCAACCAUAUGUCAAGCACACUGCACCAGAUCCUUGACAUAUAGUUUUUUUAAAAACUGGAAUAUUACUGUUUGUUUUUGUAAUUUACAGAGUGCUUUUUUUAUUUAAAUAGUUGCAGAAAAAUUAUCAAUUUUAUAACUUGCAGCAUGGGAAAAACUGGAGUUUUUCUUCACCUGAAUAUACCUGAAUUUUAAAUGGUUACAAUAACAUGAGGCACGGUGUUACAAAGGAGGUUUACAUCCAUGAUAGAUCCAUCAAAUCUGUCUGCCAUACAGGGACAGGCCAAAAUACUCUGGCCAAAGCCAUAUGGUGAGAUUAAACAAGCCAAUUUACAACCCACCCACAGCCUAGCUAUCUGUUUAGCUCUUGUGUACCUGAUCAGGCCUUUGCGUGGAAAAACCACGCAACCAUUGAAAAAAGGGUUACUCGUUUGACUUCCUUGUGCAGCUCAGGUGUAUUCUGGUGCAGAGAUUUUCAGAAAUCUUUGAGUUAGGAGACUUAAAGCUUCCUUGAAAUAAUGUGGAUAGAGAUUUUACUGCUAGGAGACAAUACUCAAUCCUCUAAUUAUUGCAAUGUGUUUCACUGUGCACAGAAGAUACAACACAUGUAUUUGAUUUUGUACAAUGUUUAGUCCAUGUGUUACUCAAGUUGAGUGUAUCAAAGUAGGUUAACUUAUCUGUCAGGACACUUUGUAAGAGAUCUUGCAUUUUUUUCCUUAAUUUUAAUCCUUAGUAUGAACAUUUAGCAAAGGUACAUUUAUAUUGUAGCUAUCAUAAAUCCUCAAUUUCGCUCCAAACUAUUUGAAACAUUUUGCCUUCCAUCAAAAUGUAUCCUGUACAUUAGACCUUUGUUUCACUUAAAGGUUAUUUAAUUAUCUAAUCACAGAGCACAAUGUUAUUUCUAAAUGUGAUGAAAGUUUCUUUGUCUUCCAGCCUUUUCAGGCAGUGAGUUCAUGAUUCAUUCAAUUCCCUGCUAAUCUUUUUACUUGAAUCCAUUGAGUUCUCUGUUAUGGCAGAUUGAUCCUCUUUAUCCAGCCCUCACACCACAGUUAAAUAUACUUUUAGUCUCCUCCAUUUCAAAAAUUCAGCACCACUUUGCACAGUCUUCCCACAGAUCUGGUGGAACUUUCCAAACAACAUUUCUGUACAUUUCUUCCAAUGUGAGUUCUUCCAUGUUAUUUAUGUUUCAUCAAGCAGAUAAUGUUUCAUAGUUUAUAAUCCACAUGAUGUUGGUAAUUUGCAAAAAUGU